UCGACUCCCUACGUCUUUUCUUUUGUGAUCAGUGACACAGAGAUGGCGGGUAUGAGAAUCACGAACCUGCAGAGCGCCACGAAGCCGGCGCAGGGAGCCGUGCACAUGCGCAUUAAGACCUCCCAGUCCCCCGGAGACCGCCUGAGCCAGUCCAAGUCCAUGGUGCUGCAGGAGUCCGACCUCCCUCAGAAACCUAUCUCGCGGCACCGCAGGAAUCAGUCUACGCACAACAUGACGGUCGGAGGAAGAUUGGCUGUGUUUGAACCAUCAGUGGAGUUGAAAGGUGAGAACAUGAACAUGGCUAAGAUCUCAGACAGCGGUAAGAAGCAGAGGAAGAACUGGACUUUAUUCUGGACCGUACUGACCUCAGACCAGCUGCUGUUUUAUAAAGACAAACAACAAGAAAGUGCUCAGAAAGCAGGCAGUAAGACAGAUGUGGUUCAGCUGGGAGGAGCUUUGAUCGAGUGGACGACGGAGAAGUCCAGCAGGAAAAAUGUCUUUCAGAUCACAACCCACACAGGAAGUGAGUAUCUCCUGCAGGCCGACAGUCAGCCCACCGCCAACAAAUGGUACGACGCCAUCAGAACAGCAAUCGCCUCCUCAACUAAAGCAGAUGGAGGUUUUUCUCUGCGGAGGUCAAACAGCUCAGAGUUCCUGCCCAGACACAGCUCACUACCUGGAUAUGGCUCCGCCUCCCCAAACACCAAACUCCGCAACCCGGUCCACAGACGCUCCAUCAACAUGUUCAGCAGCUCGAAGCUGAAGCACAGCGCGUCAGACAGCGCUGACAAGAAUGGAGUGAAGAACAGACUGAAGAAGUUCAUCAUCAGACGUCCUUCCAUGAAGACCCUGCAGGAGAAAGGCCUCAUUAAAGAUCGAGUGUUCGGCUGCCACCUGUUAACUCUCUGUGAGCGUGAAGGAACCACGGUGCCAAAGUUUGUUCAGAUCUGUUUGGAGGCUGUUGACAAGCGAGGUUUGGACGCUGAUGGGAUCUACAGAGUCAGUGGAAAUCUGGCCACAAUCCAGAAACUUCGCUUCAUCAUAGAUGAAGAGGAGGACCUGGACCUGGACCACAGUCAGUGGGAGGACAUCCACGUCAUCACCGGAGCCCUCAAGAUGUUUUUCCGUGAGCUGCCGGAGCCGCUGUUCCCCUUCAAGUUCUUCCAGUUAUUUGUGGAGGCUGUCAAAAUCAAAGAUCAGAAACAGAAAGUUCAGGCUGUGAAGGAAUUGAUCCAGAAGCUGCCCAAACCCAACCACGAAACCAUGAAGCUGCUGUUCAGCCACCUGCAAAGAGUUCUGACCUAUUCCAGGAAGAACUUGAUGUCCACUCAGGGCAUCGGCAUCGUGUUCGGCCCCACGCUGAUGUGGCCGGAGCUGGACGGGGGGAACAUGGCCUUCAACAUGGUCUACCAGAACCAGAUCAUAGAGUUCAUCCUCAUUGAGAGCCAAGAGAUCUUCAACCUGGACAGGAAGUAACAUCCUGACCCGAUCACCUGACAGACUGUUGUCACAUAUUUACAUGUGAAAGAUAAAAAUGUGAAAAGUCCUUUAAGAUUUUAUUGUUUUAAUAGAAUACAGAAGCAGCACCUGUAAUAGUAUUAUAUAUAAUAUUAAAUAUAACAAUAACAUAAUAUAAAAUGCAAAUGGUUUCUGAUCAGAAUGAAGUUGGAAGAUGGUUAUUUUUUUAAUUGACGAGUUAAUGAGUUUAAAAGUAAGUUAAUCUGUGAGAUUUAAACAAAUAACAGGAUUCUGGUCUAAAAGUUGAUGUUAAAACAAAAAAAAAAUAUUAAUAUG